AUGAAGCAGUACAUUAACGUUCUUGAUCGACCCCUCAGCAAAGGCAAACAAGAGGUUAGUCUGAGUGGGUUUGCGUUCUUGUUCUCGGAGCUCGUUCAGUAUAAUCAGACUCAGGUGGACAACAUAGCGGAAUUGGAAAGAAGGUUAGAGGAUGCGGGCUAUGCUGUUGGGGCUCGGAUUCUGGAACUUCUUUGCCAUCGGGAGAAGGGUAACAGAAGGGAGACACGACUUUUAGGAAUUUUGUCCUUUAUGCAUAGUACAGUAUGGAAGGCUUUGUUUGGAAAGGUAGCAGACUCACUUGAAAAAGGAACUGAACAUGAAGACGAGUAUAUGAUCAGUGAGAAAGAACUCCUAUUAAACAGAUUUAUUUCAAUACCCAAAGAUAUGGGUGCCUUCAACUGCGGAGCAUUUGUUGCAGGAAUAGUGAGAGGAGUCCUGGAUAAUGCAGGUUUUCCAGCUGUGGUAAGUGCACAUUUUGUACCUGUGGAGGGGCAGCAACGACCUCGAACAACCAUUUUGAUAAAAUUUGCUGAAGAGGUACUACAAAGAGAAGCAAGACUAGGUUGA